GGCCCAGGAUACUGCUGGCAAGAAAGGGGCUUACAUGCAGGCAAUUAAGAGCAGGGAAGUGGGGGACCUGUGGCCUUUUCCCAGGUCCUGCUGUUCAACUGCUCACGUCGGCCUUUCUCUUGAAACCUCAGUUUCCCCACCUGUAAAUGGGAGAGUCAGCCCAGAGCACCGGUUUUCACCGGUGGCUUGCAGACCCUGCAUUUCUUGGAGGGGCUGGGCAUGGUGUGGACCGAGGGUGUGGGAGGGCUUAGGGGGAGGUUCCAGUUCCUGUCUUCCUUGAGCGACCCCCAGCCCAUUUCUCUAUUGAAUUUUAAACUUCGGCAUAAGAUUUUAUUUUAAAAACAGAAUCUUACUGACUUUUUAAAGUUUAAAAACGCUGCCUACAUGAUUGCUAAGGUUGUUUCCAAUACUCUGACUCUGUAAGACCUUGCAGCUUCUCUCUGCUGAGGCGGCGUGGACUGAACACAGCGGGGAUGUGUAACCUUCGAGCCGAUGCUCAGGGCACGAAGCGCGCGCGAGUCUCCCGGGCCCGGGUGUCGCCGGGCCACAGCAGAGGGCGGGGCGAGCGGUGCACAGAAAGCACCCUGCCCCGGGGGUCAAGAUAGGAGGCAGGACCUCGUGCAGCUGCCGUCCUGGAGAGUCCCCGGGCUCCUGGGAGCGCGCGCGCGGCCGCGAGCCCUGCGCCUCUGCGCACGCGCAAGGGCGCUUGCCCGGACAGUCAGCUCCCGCCGGCCCGGGGCCCGCCUUGUGGAUGCGCCUGUCCAGGGGGGCCGGAGAAAAGACAGUUGCGCUCAGAAAAGGGGCUGCCACGCCCCUGGCCGUUGCGAGGGCUCGGCCCUGGCGGGUGGAGCGGGAGCUGAUUGCUGUCGAGGCCGGGAGCAGGGCUGUCCCUCGGGUCGCCGCGGGCCCUGCCCGCCCGCGCGCGGGGCAGUAACGCUGUGCUCCCGUGUGUUCCAGUUCGGCAGGAGCGCGGCCGUCCCUGAGCACCUGCAGGGCCAGAACCAGCUCUACAACGAGCUCAAUCUAGGACGAAGAGAGGAGUACGACAUUUUGGAUAAGAGACGGGGCCAGGACCCUGAAAUGGGAGGGAAGCAGAGGAAGAGGACUCCGCAGGAAGGCCUGUACAAUGCGCUGCAGAAAGACAAGAUGGCAGAGGCCUACAGCGAGAUUAGGGUAAAAGGCGAGAACCAGCGGCGAAGAGGCAAGGGGCACGACGUCCUGUACCAGGGGCUCAGCACGGCCACCAAGGACACCUAUGACGCCCUCCACAUGCAGGCCCUGCCCCCUCGCUAACAGGCCAGCCCUGCGGACGCCCAGACCGUGAGACACAGGAUAGAGCAUGUACAGCCCACUUCUCCCGCAUUUCUCGGCCACCCAAGUAUUCCUGUCUGUGACUAGGAUGCCUUGGUCAUAUCUGAUUCUAAGCCGUCACACCCCGAACCUCGUCCCUGGACCGUUUAGGGGAGUGCGCCCCCGGUGACAGCCCUGGUCUGGGGCCUCCUGGUUUGCUGGUGACCAGGGGCAGAGCCCACCCCCCGUGGCCCCGCGCGCCCCCUCUCGCGGCGGCGGUGCGGAGUCUGCGUUUUGUAAAGUCCCCGGCAGAGCCCCAGGCGCCGGCACUCUCCCCGUGUCUGUAUCGUUCCGCCAGUGUUUGAGUGGCUUUGCUCCUGCUGUAAAUUUGGUUUCUGUUGUCUGCUUUCCCCUCCUUUCAAGGCCACUUGUAACGGGGCUGUGUCGCGCCUGCCUGGGGAAGGGCUGGGCACCGGGGUGGGGGCCUGGGCAGUGUGCCGGGGGCGGCGUG